AGAUAACGUUUAUGCCUUGGGUGAGUGGCUCUGUCUUCGGAAGUAGCGUACACUCGCCUUCUCCCGGGGCUUAGGUGCAUCCGUACACGUCGUGGGGACCGAGAAGCUAGGCCAGGUACUGAGGCGCGCAGCCGUUCUGCACAGCGAAGGAAACUGGUUCCCCAGGUGCCGGGCGAGCCCAGCUGUGGCCUUAGCAUGUAGCCCCUUCUUUUCCUGUCCAGGACUCGGCCUCGGGAAGGGUGGUGGACCGGGCUGUGAGGGCUGCCCACUUCUCCCGGGCCGAAUAGGGCUCUCCUGGAGCCCCGGGGCGGGGCCACGUGGACGUCUGUGGAGACAGGCCUCGAACCAGGCUGCUAUGAAGAGUGACCCGUCGACGACAGCUGCAGCCCCACUUAGGGGGGUCGGGGGUGCCCUAAGCAGCAGCGAACCGGCGCGCGUCGUCCUGUCGCCGGCGGCGGCCGGGGCUCUGCUGGAGGAGGCGGCCGACCACUUAGUGGUGCACCUGGACUUCCGGGAGGCGCUGCGCACCUGCGAGCGAGCCGGCCAGAGCCUGAGCAACUCCGCCCUGGCUGACGGGCCUGCGGGCACUUCCUUAGAGGUGAAAUGCUCCCUGUGUGUUGUGGGGAUCCAGGCCCUGGCAGAAAUGGAUCGGUGGCGAGAAGUUAUUUCCUGGGUUCUUCAGUAUUACCAGGUCCCUGAAAAGCUACCCCCCAAAGUCCUGGAGCUGUGUGUUCUUUUAUACAGCAAAAUGCAAGAGCCUGGAGCCAUGCUGGAAGCGGCCAGUGCCUGGAUCCAAGACCCAGACAAUCAGGGUCUUCCAGAAUACACAGCCUUGGUAGAACUUUACCUACAGCAGGUGCUACUGCCUCUGGGCUGCUUGUCGGAGGCUGAGAAGCUAGUGGUGGGCUCUGCAGCCUUCAGUGAGGAGCAGCGGCUGGAUGUACUCCAGGUCAUCAGCAUAGCAAGGCAACAGCAGAAACAUGAGCACUCUGAGGAGGACCAGAAGCUAAACCAGGAAGACUCCUCCCACAAGUUUCUGUCACUACUGAUGUUGCUUCGCCGGCUUUGGGACUCUGCAGUGAGCCACCUCCUUUCCCUGCCCUUCAAAAAGAGCCUCCUGGCCACCUUGAUUCUCUGCCUCUUGGUGGUGAGGUUUGAUCCAGCAUCUCCUUCUUCCCUGCCCUUCCUCUGCAAGCUGGCUCAGCUCUUCCAUUGGAUCCGGGAGGCUAUGUUUUCUUCUGUCUACUAGCUCUCCAUCCGUGACUGAGUGGUCUUUCCCAUUCACCUCAGCCUCUCCACUUCCCACAGCAGAAUAACUCCUCAAUGGCACCAAUUUCCUGUUGCUGGCUGGGCCCCUAUGGGAGUGGGGCCAGCUUAAUUCUAGGAAGAGCUAAUCCAAUCACAUGAACUGUCUUGGCUGGUGUCAGGUCUUAUGGAAACAAAGUGGGGUCAGAGGGCACAAGCCCUCCAGAACAGUUCCCUCUUAUACCCAGAGAUGCUUUGUUAAGGAGGAGUUUGGGAAUGGAGAGUGUGUCUAUGAACCAUUCCAUCUUCUUGGCAAAGGCAAGGGGUUGAUUUAGUCAUGGUGUGAAUGAAGCCCUUUGAACAUCUUACCCUUGGACCAGGCCUUUAGACAGAGUGCCACCUGCGAGGGCCUCUUCUUUUCUCUCUUAUGCUCCUCUUCAUGCAUCUGGCCUGGUUGUUUAUCUGUACACAAUUUCCAUGGUUUUGCAAUUGGCUCGAAACCGCCUGGGCCCAAUCUCUAUUCAGACCAGGGCAUGACUUUCAGAACCACCCAGGUGAUUACUGAAAACAAAAUGAGUCUGCUUUGCUCUGCUCACUGGGUAAAGUGAUCUUGCUUGGUGCUUCUUGGGCUUCAGCUCAGUUUUCCAGGCGGUCGGUGACCAGCCCCUGUUUUGUUACAGUCGGUGUCUCUUUCCCUCCUGUCAAGCCCUUCCCCUGCCAUGCAGUAGUAUUUUUGUGCUUUGUCUAAUGGCUUUUUCACCAGUUCUGCCUGAAUCCUUGCUUUCUGGUAGAUACUUGCUGGUUUCCCCCUUUCUAUAUCCUAUUGUAAUUAUAAUUUGUUAUUUGUAUAAUGCAGAUGUUUUUCUGCUUGUUGUGGCCUUGAAAAGUAGGCCAGCCUUAGAGGUUGAUGAUCUGAAAAUGGAAUUGGGUAAUCAGGGGAGCUGGAAGGGAUGUGCAUAGAGGGCUGGGGAGAGGGGAGACAUGGGUUUUGCAGGCAGUGAACAAUUUUAUUCCUUGUUAGGGAGAGGAGAUAUGGGGCCUAAGAAUUUGAGCACCUGAAAUAUUUCAGCAUUUUCUGUCACUGGACACAAGAAUCUUAGGUGUUUCUGUGCAAGUAAAUGUAAAAUACUACUGUGCCAUCGAGAUUAUGCAGGGUUUUCCAGCAGGAGCUAGCCAGCAAACCAUCCUCUGCCAGGAACUCUGUCAGUGCUGAUGCCAAGAAUAAAGGAGGUGCUUCUGGCUUUUCGUGCGUUGAUUUUCAAGAAUUGCAAGUCAACAAUUUCUGUUUAGUAACAUGGGUAGAGUAAGUAAACUUCACAGGCCAUUGGGAGAUAAGUCCCAAGAUAUGAUCCAACUCUAGGAAACAAAUCUUAGCCUUUACACAUGGACUUUUAAUAGAGUUAACAACCCUAGGAGAGGAAGGGAGACAGAUAAGCUUUGAGAUCUCUCCUUUAGAAUGAUUUCUUAAAAUGAAAAUCUGGUCCUGUUCACUACCCUAAACAAAAUUUUUAAGGCUUCCCAUGACCCAUAGGAUAAAACCUAUAUUCUUCCUCAUGGAAUUUCAGGCCCCUUAUGCACUGGUUUUGGCUCACACUUCCACUCUCAUGUGGGGCCUCUAUUUCUUAAGCACACUGCCCUCUAGCUGCCCCACCAACCAGUUUUCACACUUCUGCUGUUCUCUGUGGAAGGUCCAUUUCCCUCCCCGCUUUUUGCCUGAUGAGCUCCUCAACCUUCCAGACUCACACAAGGUUACCCCUGGGAAUCUUUUCUUAACGCCCCCUACUUCCAUCCCCUAUUUCAUGUCCUUUCUGUGGUAGUGACUCCAUGGCCUCAUAGUUGUGACAUUUUUUGUUGCCUCCAGGACCAUGAGAUAUUUAAAGCUGGGAAGUAUGGCUCAAUGCCAUGUUUAAGAGUCAGGUUUGGAUCCUCAUUCCACCACUCUGUGGUUGUGUGACUGUUGAAAAGUGAUCGAACCUCUCUCAGCCUCAGUAUUCUCAUUUAUAAGUGAGUUCUUAUCUCACUUUGCAUGAAUAAUUGAUAUCCUACUUAUGAAGUGUUUAACAUGUCAUCCUGACCCAAGUGAGAGCUCUCCUGAAGGGUAACUGCAUCUCCAUUGCCCAGCCAAGUGCCUAGGAGUUAGAUGUUCAGAGAUAUUUAAAGGGAUGAAUUGAUAUAACUGAUAUGAUAGGAGCUCUGUGUGCUUUUGGGGUUUGUAUUGUGAAAACCUUGAGUAUAAAGAAGACCUUACCAUGCCCAACUGUCUCUCCCUGAAAUUCCCCAUUAUUGUUCUUGCAGCCUCCUAGGUUCUCUAUUUUGUGUUUUUCCUGCACUCUGCCCUCCUACUUUCCUAGUCAGAGAAGGAAUUCAGACCAGAACUUCUCUGAUGAUUUUGAUUUUUCUCAGGAUGAAGGCUAGCACUCAUGUCAUUCUUCAACUCUGGGCUUAACAAGGUCAGGAGUGAAAGGAGGAUUUCCUCUUACACUUACACCUGUGCUGCCAGUACAGUAGCCAUUAGCCAUGUGUGGCUCUUGAGCAUUUGAAAUGUGGCUGGUCCAACUUGAGAUGUUCUUUAAAUGUACAAUACACACUAACUUUUGUAGACUUAAUACUAAAAAAAGAAUGGAAACUCAAUUUUUAUAUUGAUUGCAUGUUGAAAUGAUAAUGUUUUGGAAAUAUUGGGUUAAAUAAAAUCUAUUAUUAAAAUUA